GACACGUUCUUUAUUAUAUAAUGUAAGAAAAUUUCCAUCCUUCAAUAUGUGCGAUAUGUGUGAAAUAUUAAAUAGUUUCUACUUAAUUUGAAAGAAAUGUGGAAAGAAAAAAUGGUAUUUAUUAUCAUGGCAAGCCUGGUUGCGUCACUCUGUUUACAGUGGACGCUCGGUAAACUUCAAUUGAUAAAAUAAAAAUAAACAUUUUGUUUGUGAUAUCUUGAAGUCAAAAGCGUACUGUUCAUGAUUUCGAGAAGUUAAAAAUGUAAAGAUAGAUAAUUAAUGGUCUGGAAAAGGAUUUGAAUGUGACCAAGAAAUUCUAAUCAGAAUACUCGAUUCUUCUUGAUUUGUUAUUGUUUAUUAAUUCAUCUCCGAGGAUGUUAUAAAAAAAUACUUUACAAAAUAUAAAAUGAAUCAUAAAUCCUUCAUGGGAAAUCCUUGAAUAUAUCGAUUAAAAAAUCUUCAUUUAAUUAAUAAAUAAACAUGUAAUCAUAUGGGUGAAAACUUAAACGAGCGUAUAGAGAAUUUACGUAAACAAAGCAGGCAUUUAUUAGCUCAAGUAAAUAAGAGUUCUAAAAAAGUUAAAGACGAAAUUAAGAAGUUAUAUUCUGAAAAUUUGACAUUCAGAGAUAAUUUUAAAAAUCAUGUUGGCAAGGCAAAUGCAUCAAGCGUGUCUUAUAAGAAAGACAGCAAAUCAUGGAAAUUAAGAAAUGAUUCUAGUGGAGUUAGUGAAGUCUUGCGAUCAGAUUAUUUCUGUAAUAGCCCUAAACAGACACCUGUAUCAAUGCCUAAUACAUCAACAGCAAAGAGGAUAUUAAUAUCUUCAAAAAAACACUCUGAAAAUCAGCAUUGCUUGGGAAACAUUAACAGAAAACCUGUCAAAGAAUGUUACUGUAAUCCUGAAAUUAAAAAAGCUCAGCUAAGAUCCACAAGGACACAGUAUAAACCGCGUUCUCCCAAUAAAAGAUGCAAGAGUCAUACCUUCUCUCCUGCUAUAACGAUAGAAGAUACUUGUGAAAAGUCAGCAUUAUCAUCACCUAUUAGUUGUGAAACAUUGAGAAGAGUUCAGAAAAUAGAUUAUGCACCUAGAUCUCAAUUCUUACGCAAUGUCAGAAGCAGAAUUUCUCUCUUGCAAGCAGGAGGAGGAGACUGUCCAGAGACAUGUUACAGAUCACCACGUUAUCACGAUCUCAUGGCCAAGAAGGAUAUAUAUAAAGCUGAUUCCAUACGUCAGUUGAGAGCUCAUGAUAAGAAAUCAGAAACUAGCUAUCACUUAGCAAAAUCUGUCCCUACAAAAUCAGAAAUCAGUGAAGAAUAUUCAGGUUCUGAAGCUGAAGAUAUAGAGAAAUGUAGCACAGGAGUUCAAGUAUCUUUGAAGAAACACUUGAAGCCAAAAGUAGUAGUAAAAAGAACUCUUACCUCUAAAACAUCUGUACCUGAUAUAAAAAAGUCUAAAUCUAGUUCAAAAGUAGCAACUAAGGGUAAAAAGAUAAUACCUGGCACAGGAUGCCAGUGUUGUCAGAAGGAUAAGUUAGAACAUUCCAAAUCUAUACUAGAAAGGGAUACUUAUAUUGAUUCAGAAAAGUAUCAAGACACAGUCUGUACAAACAAACUACCAGAAGAAACUAGUAGGAAAUACCUCUCUGAUAGAGAAAUGAGAGAAUUGGAGAUAUUUCGUGAACAAAACUAUUUUGACACCCAUGGAUCCAGCCAUACUUUAGCGUCAUCUAAAUCUUCUGGUUCUUUAGAGCAGUAUCUAGUAAAUGACAGACUAUUCCCUGAACCAGCAAGAAGGAUACACAAGAAGGACUUAGUCGUAACAAUGCCAGCUUGUGCCACGAUACAACGAAAACGAAUCCACUAUUUCCCUAGAUACAUCGUUCGUCAAGAAAAGGGUAUUUGUAACGCAAAUAACAAAAAGAAGCGAUGUCAGACCUGUCCUUUAACCGGCCAUGCCAUUGAUCUUGGCAUCACGAAAAUAAGACCUCCCUUGAACAGUUUAGCCCUUAAGUACCAAAAACGAUUGCCUUAACUAAAACUAAUUUUAUUUUUGUUAAUAUUUUAAUUAAAUAAAGCUAUAUCUCUAAGAGGAAACAAAGUAAAUGAAACUUCUGAUAAUUAACUCCGGUUUAGUCACUUGCAUUUUUUAGCAUUGCCACAAGGAUUUCUAAAGAAUUUGUUUCAUUUACUUUGAUCUAUUUUUUCAGCUACUAUAAAUUUUCGAAUGUAAAACAAUAAAAUUCUGUCACAUACUUCCAUCGGAAACUAGUACAACGGUAUGAUCACGUUAAUGUCCUCGGAAAAGCACAUCUUCCAGAAGCCGUGGCUUUCAAUAUGAUUCAGUGUUUAGUAAUGCGAUCGUAGCUGAAUGAAACAUUAGCCUCGACAAGAGAAGUACAAUACAGAAUAUAGUAUAUUCAUGAUGAACUACGUGAUCUCGCACAAGAACAUAAAAUCUCAUAAAUCAAAUCUCUUCUGCGACCAUGAUGAGUCGGCAAUCUUUGACAAAUUCAAGUUUACCAGAUGGAAAUUUCUGCUGAAUAAAAGAUGCGUAACCAUGAAGCAUGUAUUAAUACGAUUAACUAAGAUCGUUUGACAUAUUUUUCAAUGAACAAACGAUGGAAUUAUAGAACAUUUAUCGUCAGAUUUUUAUUCUACAACUCUACAGCACAUAUACAAUUCUAAUAAUAUUUAUUUGUAAUAUUAUUUUACUGUGGCCCACAUGCUUUAAAACAGACCAAUAAAAUUUUAUUUAUUUAAUAAUUUACAUAA